UCAAGCGCAAGCGGAUCUGCACUAUUUCGCUCGGCCCAACGGCGCGCGCGAUCGACGAGAGCAAAUUGCGACUUCAGCAUCGGCGAUCGCGGAAAAAAAUGCUGGGCUGACCGCAGCAAAGGAAGAACAAAAGACGAGAAACACCGAAUUCAAGACCAUGCACUGCGUGUGUGCCCAGCAGGAGGAGGCCGACGGCGGCACCGGCGGUGGCAUUUGGGACCUGCUCAGGUGCAGACGCAUGCGGAAGGGACACAAAUUCACCAUGCCCAAAGGAGAACGAAGUAUGAAGGCGGCGAUUUUGAUCCAAAAAUGGUACCGACGCUACUUGGCGCGCAUGGAGGUGCGGAGGCGAUACACGUGGACCAUUUUCCAGUCGCUCGAGUACGCCGGCGAGCAGGACGAGGUUCAGCUGUACAACUUUUUCUCGACUUUGCUGGCCAAAGCGCCCACGCCGACUGGACCUCUCAGCGCAACCGAUCCUGGUCCUCCACCGGACUCGGAUGAUUCGGAAGAUGCCAAUUUUGGACCUGUCGAACCUGGGUACAAAGGUCCGAGGGUGGACUUUCCACUGACCAAACAGGGGCUGGACACCCUUCUCACAGCGUUUAGGCACAAAAAGCCUCCCCGUGUGCACGCACAUUACGCGUGGCACAUAUUGCGGGAAGCGACAACCAUUCUGCGGCGCCUGCCUAACCUGAACCAGGCGAGCACCACCGUUGGCAAACAAAUCACAAUUUGCGGAGACCUGCACGGAAAGCUGCAGGACCUGCUCGUCAUUCUGCACAAGAACGGACUGCCGUGCGCGGAAAACCCGUACGUGUUCAACGGCGACUUCGUGGACCGAGGGAAGCGCUCGAUGGAGGUGCUGCUGCUGCUCUGCGCCCUGGUGAUCGUCUUUCCGGGCGCUGUGUUCCUCAAUCGAGGCAACCACGAAGACAGGGCCAUUAACGUCAGGUAUGGCUUCAUCAGAGAAGUAAGGACUAAAUAUAAGAUGCAAUCGGAGAGACUGUUGCGACAAAUAGAGCGUUUGUACCGAGCGUUGCCCCUGGGGUCCGUUGUGGACGGGCAGGUGCUUGUGGUGCACGGCGGCAUUUCCAAUAAAACCGACCUGCGGGAAAUCUGGACCCUCGAUCGUUUCAAGUUUGCGUCACUAAUGGACCCACCGCAAAGUUUAAAAGAAAACGGCGAGGAAGACGAGGAGACCCCCGAAAAGCGUGCGUGGAGACAGGUUUUCGACGUGCUGUGGAGCGACCCUCAAGCGGCGGAGGGCUGCAGUCCAAACACAUUACGCGGCGCCGGCACUUAUUUCGGUCCUGAUGUGACCGACGAGUUCCUCACUAGACACAAUCUUAGGCUCUUGGUGCGAUCUCACGAGUGCAAACUCGAAGGCUACGAAUUGGCCCACAACAAUAAGUGCAUCACCAUAUUCUCGGCGAGCGACUACUACGAAGUGGGCUCCAACAAAGGCGCAUAUGUCAAGCUCUCUGGCAACCCUCUGACGCCCCAGUUUGUCCAAUUUCAGGUUAGUGCCGCCAAAAGCAGCAAACAACGUCGACUCACCUUCCGACAAAGGGUGGGUUUGGUGGAGCAAUCGGCGCUCAAGAGUUUGGCUGCGACCAUUGAGGCGCGCAGAAUCUGCCUGGAAGCCGAGUUCAAGAACAAAGACCCAGAUGGAAAAGGCACAAUACCAGUGAAAGAGUGGUGCGAGGCGAUGCAGCAAGGCACGGGCUUAUCAGUGCCCUGGAGGCUGCUGAGGGACCGUGUUUUAUCGCCCCAAGCGGCUGAGGAGGCGGCCAGGACCGGAAUGAUAAAGUACAGCGAGACUUUCAGCGGUCCGGGAUCGCAGUCUGGUUGUUAUGUGACGGAGGCGCUCUACAGGGACAAAAUGGCUCUGGAGUCGCUCUUCAGCGCCCUUGACACAGAUCACUCAGGCACCAUUUCAAUGACUGAGCUGAAGCAGGCCUGCUCCCUGUUACCAAACGAUGGCUCCGAGCCGGGACAAUUGUGCGCCAGAUUGGCGCGGUGUCUCGACUUCAACCAGGACGGCAGGGUUGAUCUGAACGAGUUCCUUGAGGCCUUUCGGCUGGUGGACGCCGGCAGGACUCCAGCAGAGGCCAAUGAAUCGCCGGACGAGGAGGACUAGUAUUCGGCCAAGACGAGAGACUGCACCUGGAAGGUGUGGAACUUCUCGCCGAAAAUGAAGAGGAGACAAGAAGCUCGCAAAUGAGAAAGUAAAACUUUUUUGAUUUUCCUUUUGCUGCUGCUGGACUAAGGCUGGUGAUUUUUCGCAUCUCAGCCCUGUUGCACAUUCCGUCAAAUUGUUUCUUGGAAGAAUUAUUAAAUACAUGGCUGCGCCAGUUUGAAAAAGUUGAUGGUAUAUGAAAAGGGAAUCGUUGCUCCGGGAUAUUGGGUAUUCGGAUAUUGGGCUUUAUAUGGUUGGCUCUGAGAAGAUUUAAUAACAUGUUAUAAGCGGGUUGGGAAAAUUAUAUAUGAUACAGCGCUAUUUGUCAAUGACUUUUUAAAUCUCUGGUGUUCCUUGCUGUGCAUUCUCCAAAUCAAAACCUGUGUCUUCUCGACUUCUGCUGAACAAUUAACCCCCAGCAAACUGCUCUGUUGUGUACCUAUAUCUGUCUUUAAGUCCAACAUAAUCAAAAUACUUCUAUGGGAACUAUUCAAAAUAAAUUAAAUGUCUGCUCUCAAAAUUUAUAUUUACGAGAAUGAAUGGUGGUUUUUCGAUGUCUAUAAAAAAAGCCAAAUUUUAUUUAACGGUCGACAGUGCUUUUAAAAUGUGUGUUUGUAUAUUAACUUUAUAAUUUCAUUGUUCUUCCGAAAUCAAAAAUACCCAACUGAUGGAACCAAAACUAUACUCUGAUAUUAUAAAUAUUUUUGUUAACGUGGUGCAGCAUUUACUUGUCAGGUAAAAAAUAUGUUUGAUUUUCUUAUACCUUGAAUCCACGCAGAAAAUCGAAAAAAUUGCAAAAAGUUAUUUAUUGUGACAAAUGACAGAAACAAGAAUAAAAAUUAUUACGACCAAAUAUACAAAAAGCAAAUUUUCUUUUAU